AUGGCCGGCACAAGGAAUUAUGACUUCUUGAUCAAGUUGCUCUUGAUCGGAGAUUCCGGCGUCGGAAAGUCCUGCUGUUUGCUGCGGUUCAGCGAGGACUCAUUCACUCCUUCCUUCAUCACAACCAUUGGGAUUGAUUUUAAAAUCCGUACGAUUGAGCUGGACGGAAAGAGAGUGAAACUGCAGAUUUGGGAUACGGCUGGCCAAGAGCGCUUCCGUACCAUCACUACCGCCUACUACCGCGGCGCAAUGGGCAUUCUUCUGGUCUACGACGUGACUGAUGAACGAUCUUUCCACAACAUUCGAACCUGGUUCUCAAACGUCGAGCAACACGCCAGCGAAGGGGUGCACAAGAUCCUGAUCGGAAACAAAUGUGACUGGGAGGAGAAGAGAACCGUCUCGACUGAGCAAGGUCAGCAGUUAGCCGAUGAGCUUGGAAUUCCCUUCCUGGAGGUCUCCGCGAAAAACAACAUCAACAUCGAGAAGGCCUUCUAUAACCUCGCAUCGGAUAUCAAGAAGGGCAUGGAUACUUCGAAAACCGAGCAAACCGGUGGCUCGGGAGUCCCUAUAGACCAGGGCUCAGGCUUGAAUGGUAGCACUGGAGGGAAGUGUUGCUAA